AUGGCCCACAUCCCCUUAAUACCGUUAAUUAUUUCCACUCUGCUCAGUGUACAUGGAUUGCGCUCACGAUCACUCUCUUUCUCUGGUGCAGCGACUGCCUUCGUGGUUGGCUUCAGCAUUCUUGCAACGCCUGUGCGGGCCAUUGGGGUCACUCUCAUCGUGUUCUACUUGAUCGGCUCCAGAGCCACCAAAUAUGGCAAGAAACGAAAGGCUCAGCUUGAAGAUGACUAUCAAGACGCUGGCUACCGAUCUGGCGCCCAAGUUCUCUGCAACUCAUUCACCGCGUUACUUGCGAGUGGAAUAUGGUGUCUUGCCUUUGCACCUGACAUGUUGCCGUGGAGUCUACUAUUCAACUCUUACAUUCGCUCGGGCUCCCCAUUAUUGGAGAGUGUGCCAUACGGAGAUGGUCGGUGGUGCCCACUGGACGCAACGGUGUCAAGUGGAUUGAGUCGCGCGCUGAUGUUUCUGGCGCUUGGCCACUUUGCCUGCUGCCUGGGGGAUACUCUCGCGUCAGAACUCGGUAUCCUCUCUUCCCACCCGCCAAUUCUUAUCACGACGCUGAAAACUGUUCCACCCGGCACAAACGGUGGUAUCUCACUCGGCGGGACACUUGCCAGUUUAUUCGGCGGUCUGUCCAUGGGUGUAACAAUGUUAAUUUCAAUCAUCGUAGAAAAUGCACACUGCAGGAGCAAUUGGAUGGUUAUUCUUCCGUCACUCGUAUUCUGGGGUGGUGUAGCAGGUGCUGGCGGGAGCAUGCUGGAUUCGUUCCUGGGAGCGACCCUACAGCGCACACGUUAUUCGGUUGAAAAAAGGAUUAUUCUUACUGGUCACAAAGCAGAACCUGAACGCGGACGGAAAGACACUGUGAAAGUUAUCAGCGGACUCAAUUUAUUGACAAACAAUCAGGUCAACUUGCUGUCAUCGAUAGUGACUGCGCUUGUUGUCGCAAGAUUUGCCUCGACGUCAGAGACAUGGUCAUUUUCUGUGCUUGAUCUGUAG